AUGUUUACCCGGGUUUCUUCUCCAGGGCAUGGGGGUUUCCGCGCUAAGUUGCAUAGUUUUGGAAAAGACAUAGAUCCCCUAUGCCCCACCUGCGGAGUACCGGAGACUGCUGAGCAUGUCAUAGUCAACUGCACCGUCUUUGAUGGACUACGGGCCGGAAUGAUGGAAAAAAUUGGAGUCUAUGACCUCACUGAGGAUGAAUUUCCCCAGUUAGUGACGGAGCAUGAACCUGAAGAAUACCAGCAAUGAUGAAACUGCUCAGCCUAUAUUCUAAUUUCUCUAAACUGUUCCUGCCUCAAGUUCAGCCAGUUCGUUUCCGUUAUUAUGCAGAAAAAAUUGCCAAUGGACCAUUAGUAUCAAGAUAUGGUUAUAAAGAUAAUCUUUUACAACGUGGGCUCCUUCCUCAUGUAGAUGGAAAAAAAUUACCGAUGCCUGUGUACAGACCCAAAAAUGCAUGGAGUGAAAAAAGGGCAUUAUUUGGUCAAAAUGAUUAUAUUGAUAUUUUAGGCGAUGAAAAACUUCAUCCUUCAAAGAUUUUAUAUCAUGUGCCCAGUUGGCUCAAAGGAGUUAAGGGUAACGAGUAUCAAGUUUUGCUUCGUAAAAGGAAAAUGCUCUCAAAUGGUAUUUUUCCGAUUGCAAGGCCUACCAAGUGGUCUGAGUUACAUAAAAGGAUACGUUUCUUGUAUAAAUUUUUAAAUAGAAAAACAAAAACUCAAUAUAGUAAGCAAUAAUAUUAUUUUGUUACUUUAUUUAAUAAAUAAAAA